AUGGAGUUCGUAACUUCAAACACGAGCCAGGUGCUUGGAGAUGCAACUUUGAUCCAGACCUCUACUCAUUCACCGACCUCAACAGUCACUGCCCUCGUCGGGUUUUUGGUGUUUUCCUGGUAUCUGCUGUCCCGCGGAAGCAAGAACAGACCCAAUAUCUAUGGCAACUAUGACUUCGAUGCGCCAAUUAUCGGAUACCAGAACGGUAUUUUAGGAAGAUGGCAGUUCUUCAGAAAUGGCCCAGCGAUGAUUCGCGAGGGGUAUGCGAAGUACAAGGACAACUUCUUCAAGGUAUCUGGUAAUGAUCUCCUAAUCGUUCCGAACAAGUACCUCCAAGAGUUGGCCAGCAUGCCCCCGGAGAAGUUGAGCUUGAACACUGCCAUCGUUGACGCCUUCCAACGACUUCACUCGAUCACGGCGGUCAUCACAGAUCACAGUCUGCAGACCCGUAUGAUCAACACGCGUCUGACACCAAAGCUCGGUCAUCACGUCCCACUUGUACAAGACCAAAUUCGAAAGUACCUGCCAAAAGAUGUGCCGGCCACAGAAAAUGAUUGGACAAGCAUCAACGCUCUGGAUCUUGCUCGACAACUGGUACACAGAGGAGUUGCUACGCAAUUCGUUACCGAGCUUGCUGAGGACGACGAGUACCUCUCCACUGCUGUCAAGUAUUCCGAAAAUGGCUUCAAGCACAACUUCCUCUUGCGCGUAUUUCCCGACAGAAUCAAGCCAGCGGUUGCCUUUUUCUUGCCCACAAGCUGGGGUGUUGACUCCGCUUUGAGAAAGGCCAAGAGAAUGAUUAUUCCUUUGAUCCGCGAACGAAGACGACGAGAGAAGGAAGACCCUUCAUACGAGAAGCCAGAGGACUUUCUGCAGUUUUUGAUGGACGGUGGCGUUGAAAUAAAUGACGAUGAUGAAACUACUGUUCAGCGAUUGAUGGUCACAUAUCUCGGCUCUGGUCCAUCCACCAUCAUCGCUGUCGCACAAGUGUUGUUCGAUCUGUGUGUUCAUCCGGAAUAUGUUGAGCCAUUAAGACAGGAAGCUCUGCAAGUUCUGCGAAAGAAUGGUUACACGAAGCAGGCUUUGUAUGAAAUGAAGCAGAUGGACUCUUUCAUGCGAGAAUCUCAAAGAUUGAGUCCUCCUACUCUACUCGGCUUCAACGCAAUCGUUCGCACACCAGUCACUCUUCAUGAUGGUGUUAUCCUUCCAGAAGGCGCUCACAUUCAAAUGGCAACAUAUGCUAUUGGUACCGAUCCAAACCGAGUUCCAGAACCUGAGAAGUUUGAUGGUUUACGCCAAUUCAACAACCGAAAGCGUGAGGGCGAAAGUAACUGGCAUCAAUUCACAACAACCAGCGAGAACAACUUGCACUUCGGUCACGGAAAGAUUGUCUGUCCAGGUCGUUUCUUUGCAGAUCAUUCUAUGAAGAUGAUCGUGACAAAUAUCCUCCUACGAUACCAUAUUCGCUUUGCAAAUGACUCACGAGUGAGACCAUCAAACUCGAGCAUGUAUGAUGUGUUGAUUCCAGAUCUCGGUACUUGCGUGGAGUUUAAAGUCAGGGAAGAUGCUGCAGAAUGUGCUUUCUAG